CACGUGAUAAGUCAGCGGGCGGCAGCAAGCAGGGAAACAAGUGUGAAGCGCUUCACAUCCCAGUUCAAACCCCCUCACCCACUUGCAAUAGCCCUAUACAGUGUCUCUAGUGCAUAAUCAACCACUCAGUUAUAAUGAUGUCAAAGUUGUACGUGGGGAACCUUCCCACGGACGUGAACGAAGGCACGCUGCGACAGUUAUUUGCCGAUCAAGGAGUGAAUACUACUAAUGUGCUUGUGAAGCGCGGCGGCUAUGCCUUCCUCGACUGUACAGACCAGACAGGGAUCGACAGGGCGAUCGAGGUGCUCAACGGAUACAACCUGAUGGGACACAGUAUUGUGGUGGAGCCGUCCGUCGCCGGUGGUGGAGCCAAACGCGCAGUGUAA